UAGAUCUCCGCAUCAAAUUGAUGGGAACCUUGUAAUGUAAAUGAAUGACGAAGUACUUGGUGUGACGAUUUGUGUCGGCUUACCUUUAACCUGUUGAAAAUGUAAUCAGACGAUGAAUCCUGCUUUCACGGAUGAAUUCAAAAAGCUAAGAGUAGAUACAGAAGUAGCUGGGUCUUACAUGGAGACUACAUUUGGAGUUUAUUCACCAGUGACACGAACUGUAACAAACAGAGGUCAGUUGGACUCUGACUCCAGCAGUUCUUCCUCUAGAGAAGAAUGGGCAGUGUUCCCAGAUGAGGAGACAAAGCCCACUAAGGCUGUGGGUGGCUAUGGAGGAGCCACGGGUGGGGCCUAUGUUGGAGCCCAGGGACCCAUCAGUCCCACCAAGAGAGAAUCUGACCACUCCCUCAAGUCAAACAUAUCUAACUCAAGUCUCGACUCUCAGGAGGAAGUUUUAGUGUUUGUAGAGCCUCCAAAUAAGAAACUUUGUUGUCCAAUCUGUGGAAAAGUGUUCAAAGAGCCUGUCAUAACAGGGUGUGGGCACACCUUCUGCAGGAGAUGUGCCACUGGUGGUCAAGAUGACAUCUGCCCAAUCGAUCAAAAGAAGCUGGUUGUGAUUGUUGCCAACAUAGCUUUGUCUGAGCAAAUAGGAGAGCUGUUCAUUCACUGUAAAUAUGGGUGCAAAUACCAGGAGAGUGAGAUGGCAUAUGAAGUGGAUCCUACGGGUUGUCCUGUCACUGUGACUUUGAACUGCAGAAGAGAACAUGAAAUCGGCUGUGAUUAUGCACCUGUACGUUGCCCAAAUGAUCCAAAAUGUCCAUUAUUGCUGAAAAAGGAUUUGGCUGAGCAUAUGAGACUUUGUGAUCAUGGAAGAUGUCCACAUUCAAAAUAUGGCUGUGACUUCAGUGGAACACAGGAUAGCCUAGAAGACCAUUUAGAGACUUGUAAAUAUGAAAGCAUGAAGGAAUUCCUGCAAUCCACAGGAGACAAAAUCUCUGAACUGAACUACAAUCUUGGACAGAAGGAGCAGGAAAUAGGGUUCUUACGGUCCAUGCUGGGGAAAUUGUCAGAGAAAGUUGAUGCCAUGGAAAUGAAAAUAGGUCUGCUCAAUGAAAACCAAAGCAAAAUGAUGACUGAGUUUAUUGAUCUGAAAAGAGAUUAUGGUGGUGUCUGUGAUGAACUGAGCAGAAUGAGUAACACCAUCAACAUGGGGGCUCAAGUUGGAGCCUAUGACCCUCAGCAAAUAUUCAAAUGUAAGGGAACAUUUGUUGGUCACCAAGGCCCUGUUUGGUGCUUGACUGUUCAUGGAGAUUACUUGUUCAGUGGAUCUUCAGACAAAACCAUAAAGGUGUGGGACACUGCAACCAACUACAAGUGUCUCAAGACUCUGGAAGGUCACACUGGAAUUGUACUGGCUUUGUGUUGUUAUGGCAACAAGCUUUACAGCGGCUCUCAGGAUUGUACUAUUACUGUAUGGAACAUUGAAAAAGAGUUUGAGAAGCUAAAGGUUAUAGAAGCCCAUGACAACCCAGUCUGCACUCUUGCCUCUGCCAGGAAUAUGCUCUUUAGUGGGUCCCUCAAGGUCAUCAAGGUGUGGGAUGUCCAUACAUACCAACUGAAGAAAGAAAUCACAGGUUUGAACCACUGGGUCCGGGCAUUGGUGUCUUCACAGCAGUUCUUGUAUACGGGAUCUUAUCAGACUAUCAAGAUUUGGGACCUAGAAACCUUGGAAUGUGUUAAGAUGCUGGACACAUCAGGAGGAAGUGUGUACUCCAUCUGUAUCACAGAACACCACAUUUUGUGUGGGACAUAUGAAAACUGCAUACAUGUAUGGGAACUCGGUACAUUUAACCAAACCACAACACUCCAAGGUCAUUCAGGAACAGUCUAUGCCCUGGCACCACUUCAGACACCAUCUGGAACUAAAGUAUUCAGUGCUUCAUAUGAUCGUUCUCUCAGGGUUUGGAGCAUGGACAACAUGAUCUGCACUCAGACUUUGUUACGCCACCAAGGCAGUGUGGCUUGUCUUGCAGUCUCUAGAGGGAGGCUAUUUUCUGGUGCUGUGGAUAGUACAGUCAAGGUGUGGCAGUGGUAAUCAGUAUGACUAAACAGAAAAUGAUACCAGCUCAACUGUUUUAUUUGCGGAAAGGAUAGAAGAAUAUUGUUCUUACAGGAUGCAUACCUUUUUGAUAUAUGUCCUUAUCAACCAUUCAUGACUCUUUUCUUCGUUUGGUUUUUUAAAUCCAAACAUCUGACAAUUUAAAAAUAUUAUAAUGUGAAUCCAAUAUUUUAAUGACAUGUUUUAUAAUGAGCAUUAUGUUUUUCAAAGAUUGGAAGCUUUGUUCUUUUUUUAACCUGGUAGGCCUACUGCAGAAGCUUUCAAUAUUUCACACAGUCUUCUGCAAUUUUAACGUUUUAUUGAAAAGAGAUACUGGUAGCUCCUUGAGCUUAUAUUAUUUAUUUAGGUUAAAUAUUUUAUGCAGUUAAAGAUAUGCUUUGUACACCAAAGAUGACAUGGAAGUGCAAAAUUGGUAUUUUUAAUUAUUAAAAUAAUGCUCCCCACAUGGCAUUUAUCUACUUUACAUUUGCAAUAUGAAUGAAGUUUUUUAAUGGAGUGCGUUGUAAAGAGAUGGUAUUUCAGAUAUUUUAAGUAUUAAGCAUUGAGAAAGAAAUAUUGUUUUAAUAGUAUUAGCCCUAUAGUAUGUUUAAUUGUUGAUUUUGAGCAGCAAUUGUGGUCUUUUCAAAUUAAAGGAAUAAUGGAGACUACUUAAAAUAUUAGAUAACUGUAAUUUUAACAUUGAAGGAGACCAAUUGUUUAACAUGCAUGUUUCAGCUAAGGUAGUGCCAUCAUUGUCUUAUUAUGUCCAUUGUAGAUACGAAA